UCAAAUAUUUGAACCCAUUGCCUAGGUCUACUAUAAAAACAGAGCAGCAAGAUCAAAGAAAGAAAAUUAAUCGCGAAAAACCACAAUGCCAGCACCUUCAGUCUACCCCGUCCUCCCCCGCGCCGACACCCUAGCCCAACUCCCACCCGAAUAUCCCACAGACGCACAAGACCAAAUCACAAACCUCCUCUCAACCUCCUCCCAAAACCGCCUUGUCGUCCUGGACGAUGACCCAACAGGGACUCAAACCUGUCACGACAUCUCCGUCCUCGCCGUCUGGGACAUCAACACACUCGUCGAAGAAUUCCAGCGCGCCUCCCCGGGUUUCUUCAUCCUAACAAACUCCCGCGCGCUCCCGCCCACAGAAGCAGAAAAUCUAAUCUACGAAAUCUGUCAUAACGUAGCACAGGCUGCCAAAGCAACCGAACAAUCCGUUGAUAUCGUCCUCCGCAGCGAUAGCACGCUACGGGGCCACUUCCCGCUCGAGGCAGACGUCGCACAGUCUGUGUUCGGAGAGGCAGAUGCGUGGAUCUUAGCGCCGUUUUUCUUCCAGGGAGGACGGUUCACGAUUAGUGAUGUGCAUUAUGUCGCGGAGGGGGAGAAGCUGGUUCCUGCCGGAGGGACGCAGUUUGCGAAAGAUGCGACGUUUGGGUAUGAGAGUUCGAAUUUGAGGGAUUAUGUUAUGGAGAAGGCGCCUGGACGGUUUGGGUCUCAGCAGCUGCAUUCUGUUUCUAUUGGGGAUAUCAGGAAUGGUGGGCCGGAGGAGGUGUGUGAGAAGCUUUUGGGUAUUUCUGGGGGAGGGGUAGUGAUUGUUAAUGCGGCUGCGGAGUCAGAUAUGCAUGUUUUUGUGGCUGGGUUGUUGCUGGCCGAAGCAAAAGGAAAGCACUUCCUCUAUCGCACAGGCGCAGCAUUCGUGUCGUCCCGCCUAGGAAUUCGCUCCAAGGCACCCAUCACAGCAAAAGAACUCAAUCUCCCCUCCCCUAGACAGACAGGCGGACUGAUCCUCGUCGGAUCCUACGUCCCCAAGACCACCGCGCAGGUGGACACCUUAAUAAACACCAGCAAGGAGAACGGCAAGGAACUAUCCAUCAUCGAAAUCAAGGUGGAAGAGCUCCUCGAAUCGCACGAUUCAGCACUCCGCACGAUCAAAAACAUUGUCAAAGAAACAGAACAAUGCCUCCAGGCUGGAAAAGAUACAUUGGUCAUGACGAGUCGGAAGCUUGUAACCGGUGACGAUAAGCUCUCCUCGCUGGCAAUUGGCACGACUGUCGCAGAAGCAGUCGUCCGAAUCCUGCAGGGGAUUGAAGUACGGCCGCGGUAUAUCAUUGCAAAGGGCGGAAUCACCUCAUCCGACGCUGCUACCAAGGGCCUCAAUAUUAAACGCGCGCUAGUCGUCGGACAAGCUGCGCCUGGUGUUCCGCUUUGGAGAUGCGACGAACGCUCGUCUAGACAUCAGGGCACUCCGUUUGUAGUCUUUCCGGGGAAUGUGGGGAGUGAGUCGACGUUGUAUGAGUUGGUGGAGGCGUGGAGUUGAUUGUUUAUGCCUUGAGAGUUGUGGAUGUGUCCGGAUACGGUGAAAAUGGUUAUUGCUCUUAUAUGAUUUGGUUAAUGUCUGAUCUGUAUUAUUUGACCAAAUGUCUCGUAUGGGUUAUGUAGACCUGAGUUACAGCCAGCCCCUUGAAGAAAUUGACAAUACGUACCAACUGCAAU